AUGUACUCAAGACAAGCCAUGCAGAACGCGCGCUUCGCAGCUCGCAGCGCAGCUCGCCCUGCCGCCCACGUCAAGCCUCAGUUCCGUGCGCAGAAGCCUCGUUUCCAGUCAACUGAAUCAGCAGCUUCCGGUAACUCUGGCGCUGGGUCACAAGCUGCCAUCGGCGCCGUCUCAGGUGCCGCCGCCGCUGUCGCUGUUGGCUAUAUCUUUUACCGACAGUCUGGUGCCCGAGACCUGGUAGCAGCUUCCAAGCAGACUAAGAACUACAUCAAUUCAACCACGCAGAAGAUCAAGGAGAACACACCCGAGCCUAACGAGGCCCUCGAGUGGCUGCGCAACGCUGCACAGAGCUACGCUGCUUUUAUCCCCGGCGCCAAGGGAUACGUAGACUCUGCUUUCAACGACCUUGAUGCUGUCCGCGCGAAGCACGGUGACGAAGUCGACUCAAUCGUUCGUGAGGCUUACGGCGAGCUCCGCGAUGUUCUGAAGGGAGGUGACAUCAGUGUCUUCACCGCCCAGCAGGCAUGGCAGGUACUCGUGAAGCACCUUGGCCGCAUUGCCGACCUCUCUGGCGACGUCGCCCAGCAAAUCAUGGACAAUCACCCCAUGCUGAAGGAGAAAGUUGGCGGCAACCUGGACACACUGAAGCAGCUGGGUGACCAGUACGGCCCGGAGGCCAAGAAGGAAGUCGACAAGACAUGGAAGCAGAUUAGCGACAUUGUCAAGACCGGCAUCAGCCCUGCCAACAUUGAGAAGAUCAAGGGCGUCGUGCAAGAGAAGGUCGAGAAGAUUAAGCAGCUCGGUGAUAAGGCAUGGGACAAGGGCAUGGAGCAGGCUAAGCCCUAUCUUGAGAAGAACCCUCAGAUCAAGAAGCUUGUUGAGGAGAACAAGGACGCCCUCAAGUCCGGCAAUGUUCAGGAGCUGUACGAGAAGGUCAAGACUGCCAUCGAGAAGGGCGACACAGGCGACCUCGAGAAAUACGUCAAGGACGCCGCAAGCCAGGCCAAGGACAAGGCACAGCAGUCCGGCUACGAUCUCGACGGCAUCCAGAAGUACGCUGAGCAGUACAUGAGCAAGAUCCCCGGAGGCGAACAGAUCAUGUCUAAGCUCCAGCAGCUGCAGGAGGCGGCAUCGAACCAUGGCGACGAGGCGCAGAAGAUCUUCAAGGACGCCGUCUCUGAGGUCACUGAGGUGCUGAAGAAACAUGGCGACAAGGCACAGAGCUUGGCAAAGGAAGCUAAGGAGGAUACCAAGAAAUAA